UAUGGGUAGAGGGUUCCUGCGAGGAGUCUUAACACUGUUGCCGCUCCGGUCAGUUCUCCAAGUCCAGCACUGCAUGCUUGUCUCGGAGCCCGAUCUGCCCCCUAAAAGACCUCGCAACAACCUCAUGGCACCGCCCCGAAUCGGGACGCACAACGGCACCUUCCACUGCGAUGAGGCUCUGGCUUGCGCAUUGCUCCGCCUACUGCCCGAGUACAGGAAUGCAGAGAUUGUGCGGACUCGGGAUCCUGAAAAACUGGCUUUGUGUGACAUCGUGGUGGAUGUGGGUGGUGAGUACAACCCUCAGAGACACCGUUAUGAUCAUCACCAGAGGACUUUUACAGAAACCAUGAGUUCCUUGUGCCCUGGGAAGCCAUGGCAGACCAAGUUGAGCAGUGCGGGACUUGUCUAUCUGCACUUUGGGCAUAAGCUCCUGGCCCAGUUGCUGGGCACUAGUGAAGAGGACAGCGUGGUGGACACCAUCUAUGACAAGAUGUACGAGAACUUUGUGGAAGAGGUGGAUGCUGUGGACAAUGGGAUCUCUCAGUGGGCAGAGGGGGAGCCUCGCUAUGCACUGACCACUACACUGAGUGCCCGGGUUUCUCGCCUUAAUCCCACCUGGAACCAGCCUGACCAAGACACUGAGGCAGGAUUCAGGCGUGCGAUGGACCUGGUGCAAGAGGAGUUUCUGCAAAGACUAAACUUCUACCAGCACAGCUGGCUGCCAGCCCGGGCCUUGGUAGAGGAGGCCCUGGCCCAGAGAUUCAAGGUAGACUCAAGUGGGGAGAUAGUGGAACUUGCAAAGGGCGGAUGCCCUUGGAAGGAGCAUCUGUACCACCUAGAAUCUGAGCUGUCUCCCACAGUAGCCAUCACCUUUGUUAUCUACACUGACCAGGCUGGACAGUGGCGAGUCCAGUGUGUGCCCAAGGAGCCUCACUCAUUCCAAAGCCGGCUGCCCCUGCCCGAGCCAUGGCGGGGACUUCGGGAUGAGGCCCUGGACCAAGUCAGUGGGAUCCCUGGUUGCAUCUUCGUCCAUGCCAGUGGCUUCAUUGGUGGGCACCACACUCGAGAGGGUGCCCUGAACAUGGCCCGUGCCACCCUUGCCCAGCGCACAGCACCUGUACCUCUUGCAAAUGCUGUAGUCCAAUAAAACUUAUUCAUCUCUA